CUUGUUACAGAUAUUUCAGAGCGAUGACAGAAUCAAGGACAUGUAUAAGGUUUUGCUGUGCGGGGAUUAUAGCUGUUUUGUUUUACAUCAUCGACAAUUCAAUGGCUUCUCUAGACGGAUACAUCCCCGGCGAAGAUUAUCCAGCAUACGAGGAGGUUCCGCAGGGCCUGUCUUUCACCUGCGACGACAAAAUACCUGGUUACUACGCUGACACGGAGACGAUGUGCCAGGUCUGGCACUGGUGUGUACCCAGCAUCGGUGGUAAUCUCAAGUAUUCCUUCAUCUGUGCUCCGGGAACUGUGUUCAAUCAGCAGAGCAGAGUUUGUGAUUGGUUCUUCAAGGUCGAUUGUCCCAGCUCACCAGCAUUUUACGCAAUCAAUGAAGACUUAUACAAAGAUGAAGCUGGCAACUACGUAGCGGGGAAGAAGUAAAUAAGAGAAAUGUUUAAUCUAAGUUUUAUGAAAGACGUAGGCCUUAAAUUCAUGAAAAAUCAAAAAAAUACAAUGUAUUUGUUUUCACAGUCAAAUAUCCUUGUCAAAAUCAAGAGUAACUUAUUAACAUACAAAUUCAUAAAGCAAAAAACCUUGAAUGCGAAAUUGCUCUUUAAAUAAAUCAGGCGUUAUUUAUAAAAAUUAACUUGUAUAUUUUAGUAACUGUAUACAAGUAAUGAACGCGAAAACUACAAUAUGAAAAUAUUUCAGAUAUUAAAAAUAAAAGAAUACACAAGGAAAUUGAUGAUGGGACGUGUAUUGAUGAUGUUUUAAACUUCCGCUUCACAUCCGAAUUAUAAUAGACCUGUUUAAUUUUUUUCUCAGUACAUUUCUUUAUUAUAUAAAAAAAAUUGUUGUGAUAAUGUAUUUACUAUAUACAAAACAAAAGAGGUUAAACAAUGCCGUAAUAAAAUACACUUUGAACGCCAUAUUUCUUGCCAUAAGAAAUAGUUAUUGUCUUAAUGUCUAAACCACGUGAUAUUUGAGUUACCAUUGUGGACAUGAAUGUAGUUUUUAUAUUUUUUUUUUUAUAAAUAUUAUUUCGUACUG